AUGGCAGCAAGUGGGACGCCUGGUAUUGUGGUGGCGACGGUCGACGACGUGGUCGUCCGCGGUGCUGACGAGGUCUGUCUCGUUCGCGACGCGCGGUGCGUCCUCACCACGUACGAGUUGUACAUGUUCGGUAAGGACGACAGCGGCAGGCGGAAUCGGGCACUCCGGUUUCCGCUGGAAAAUUUGGCGUCGUUUAGGGGAUCGUCGUCCUUCCUCGCCCGCUACUCAAAGAUCCUCGUGACGGCCAAGGCCUCAGCCGGCAGCGAGUACGAUCUGCGGCUCUCGUUCCAUGACAAGGGCUACAAGGACAUGCUCGCCAAGCUGGCAGACACGGUCAAGAUGAAGCUCUGGGUCGAUCGGCCGUCAAAGGCCAACAAUAAUCGCAGACCGGCCGCCGCCGGUCCGUCCGAAGGCUUCUCCACACGAUCAGCGGGCAUCUCGGGCAUCAUGCGGCGGGUCGACCGGCAGGCGCGCGAGGAUGAGGCGACACUCAGCGCGGCGUUUGCGGAUCUGGACACGCUCAUGGCCAAGACCCGCGACAUUGUCAAGCUCGCGGCACGGGUCAAGGCCGCUCAGGAGCGGGCGGCGCGGUCGCGGCGGCGCGAGGCCGACGCGGCCGAGGCCAAGGACGAGGUUGAUCUGCAAGACCACCUCAUGUCACUGGGCAUGGGCUCGGUCUCGGCGCCGUCGGUCUCGCGCGCGGCAGCAGGCUCGACCUCGGCCUUCCACACCCAGCUCGCCCGCGAGUUGGCGGCGUUCCUCACACCGAUCCUGGCCGACCGCUCGACUCACGGCGUUCUCCCGCUCACCGAUGUGUACUGCCUCUACAACCGCGCUCGUGGGACCGACCUUGUCUCGCCCGACGACAUCCUCGCGGCUGUCGCCGCCUUUGGCUCGCUCUCGCCGCCUGUCGGCAUGUCGCUCCACGAGUUUGCGUCCGGCGCCAAGGUCGUCCAGUCGGACGCCUACUCUGAGGAGGCCAUGACUGCCACCAUCCUCGACCUCGCCACCGCCUCCGACCACGGCGUCUCGGCCUCGGAGCUCGCUGCCGCUGCCUCGCUCUCGCUCAUGCUUGCUCGCCAGCAGCUGCUCCGUGCCGAGGAGCGCGGCAUCGUCUGUCGCGACGCCUCGGUCCACGGCCUCUACUUUUCCACAACGCGUUUCCCGACUUUGUGCAGAGCUUGUAGCAUUGUGGUAAAGGCAGUGGCAAUUGUGCGUGGUUGUGUUGCUGACUACUAG